CGUCUGCGGUAAUUGAAGGCAACCUUGAUUCACAUCCCAUAGUCAAUUCCUUCUCUUGCUUCUUUGUAUAAAUAUCUUCCAUAAAAAACAUCGAGAAGGCUCGACAUAGAUUUCGUGUUAAAUAUAGAAGGACCCGGGUAUAGAGCCGCCAACCGCUUCCACAACUCAAAAUGGGAGACUACGCCGAUCCCCUCGACCACAUCCUAGCUGGCAACCUCGCCUACCAAAAACGCACUACCGCACGCGAUCCCAACGCCUUCACGCUCCUCGCCCAAGGCCAGGCACCUGAGAUUCUGUGGAUCGGCUGCGCAGAUAGCCGCAUCCCAGAAACGACUGUGUGUCACUGCAAGCCGGGAGAGAUAUUUGUCCAUCGCAAUAUCGCGAAUACGGUGCAUGCGGAUGAUCUGAAUGCUGCUAGUGUAGUCGAAUAUGCGGUCACACAUCUGAAAGUCAAUAGAGUCGUGGUAUGCGGGCAUACAAAAUGCGGAGGUGCAAAUGCAGCGUUGAGUGAUGUGGAUUUGGGCACGACGCUGAAUACGUGGUUACAUCCGGUCCGAGAGCUCCGUCGUCAGAACAAAGUCGAGUUAGAGGAAUUGCCGAAUGACGAUGCGCGGUCAGCUCGUGUUGCAGAGCUCAACGUUCAGCAGUCUAUUGAUGUGUUGAAGCAGCAUCCUGCUAUCAAGAGAGCUACCGCUGAGCGAGGCUUGUCGCUUCACGGUCUCAUCUACGACAUUGGUGCUGGACAGCUGAAGAUCUUGGAGGAGGCAGGUGGUAGAAAGGCAGACAGUCUUCGGUGUCUGACCUGAGGGGGCUUGAGGGCGAUCAUGUAGAUGUCGGCCACAUAUGGGUUUCUAGAUGCAGACUCCAUGUUUAUGUCUGCUUUGUGUUAGAGUUUUCAGUGGCGGGCUUACAGCGUUUGGCGAUGUCAUGGGAACUGCGUAGUGCUCUAGAUAUUAAGUGGCUCUAUUUGAGAGUUU